AUGUCGGACUUCGACUCCACGGCUCCACGACUUCGACUCCACGACUUCGACUCCACGACUUCGACUCCACGACUUCGACUCCACGACUUCGACUCCACGACUUCGACUCCACGACUUCGACUCCACGACUUCGACUCCACGACUUCGACUCCACGACUUCGACUCCACGACUUCGACUCCACGACUUCGACUCCACGACUUCGACUCCACGACUUCGGCUCCACGACUUCGACUCCACGACUUCGACUCCACGACUUCGACUACACGACUUCGACUACACGACUUCGACUACACGACUUCGACUACACGACUUCGACUACACGACUUCGACUACACGGCUUUGACUACACGACUUCGACUACACGACUUCGACUACACGACUUCGACUACACGACUUCGACUACACGACUUCGACUACACGACUUCGACUACACGACUUCAACUACACGACUUCGACUACACGACUUCGACUACACGACUUCGACUCCACGACUUCGACUCCACGACUUCGACUCCACGAAUUCGACUCCACGACUUCGACUCCACGACUUCGACUACACGACUUCGACUCCACGACUUCGACUCCACGACUUCGACUCCACGACUUCGACUCCACGACUUCGACUACACGACUUCGACUACACGACUUCGACUACACGACUUCGACUACAUGACUUCGACUACACGACUUCGACUACACGACUUCGACUACACGACUUCGAUUACACGACUUCGACUACACGAUUUCGACUACACGACUUCGACUACACGACUUCGACUCCACGACUUCGACUCCACGACUUCGACUCCACGACUUCGACUCCACGACUUCGACUCCACGACUUCGACUCCACGACUUCGACUCCACGACUUCGACUACACGACUUCGACUACACGACUUCGACUACACGACUUCGACUACACGACUUCGACUACACGACUUCGAUUACACGACUUCGACUGUACAACUUCGACUACACGACUUCGACUACACGACUUCGACUACACGACUUCGACUACACGACUUCGACUACACGACUUCGACUACACGAUUUCGACUACACGACUUCGACUACACGACUUCGACUACACGACUUCGACUACACGACUUCGACUACACGACUUCGACUACACGACUUCGACUACACGACUUCGACUACACGACUUCGACUACACGACUUCGACUACACGACUUCGACUACACGACUUCGACUACACGACUUCGACUCCACGACUUCGACUCCACGACUUCGACUCCACGACUUCGACUCCACGACUUCGACUCCACGACUUCGACUCCACGACUUCGACUCCACGAAUUCGACUCCACGACUUCGACUCCACGACUUCGACUACACGACUUCGACUCCACGACUUCGACUCCACGACUUCGACUCCACGACUUCGACUCCACGACUUCGACUCCACGACUUCGCCUACACGACUUUGACUACACGACUUCGACUACAAGACUUCGACUAA